UCACAUGCCAUCACAAUUAGUGACAUAGGGCCGGAGUCUUUUGAUCCAUUGAUAUGCUUCCCCACUCAUCACCUCUCUCGACCUCUCCAUACAACGCUUUGCACAGAGUCUUAGGAUUGCAAACAGAAACUAAGAACUGCUCGACAGGGCUUAUAGUCUAUUGCCAAUUGAUAGCUCAUAAGCCCAAUAUGUAAUGAGGCAUCAGUAUCUCAGACAUGGCUAAACUUACUGUGUACAUCCAACUUAAUCGGGAAUGUAGACUGUGGCGGUGCAGGUGUGGCUAGUGAUCCGCUCGGAGCCAGCAACUCCAGAUUUUUGGCCAUCCGAGUUCCCACCACGCAUCGGGAGCCGCGUCCAACCACGACCCGACUCGACAAUCCGGCAUGGCCUCCCCCGUCAACCUCCUUCGGCUGUGUCUCCGGCCUAGCCGGAGGCUACCAAACCUCCGGGCUUCCGCUGUUCCGCAAUUGACUCAUCGGCGGCCAUUAUCGACGACACAAUGGCGAUCCGCCAGCACGCCAACAGAGGACGACGCCUCCGCAAAGGAGGCCGAAGACGAGUUGGAAAAGGUAUUCAAGAACCCCGGCGAGUUCCUAAAUGCUUUCAUCCGCGAUGAGAGCGUCAGCGACGAAGAGCGACGGCUGGCCCAGCGCAUGCUGGAGGAUUGGAGCAAGGUGCCGCUCCCCGAGAAGCAAAACAUCGAGAAGCUUGCGCAAGAAGUCAACGAGGAGUCUGCGCAGCUUCGCAGGCCAAUAAUGCCCAAGAAGGAUAGCUUCUGGCAUGUGGAGGAAACCGACCAGGACUUGAUCACGGACGAGGUUGGCGAGGACGAUUUUGAGGAGGACGAUAUCAUGGCCAUGGGUCACGCCAAGCUCGAGGAGCAUCGCGAAUUCCGAGAAUACGCGCGCAUCGCUGUCUGGGAGAUGCCGCUUCUCUCGAAACUCGCCAAGCCGUUCCAGCCGCCCGCCGAAGACGAGGUCCUCCGGUUCCGAUACACAACCUACAUGGGCGAGUUCCACCCCGCCGACAGGAAGGUCGUAGUGGAGUUCUGCCCCAAGGACUUGCCCGGCCUCAGCGAGGCUCAGCAGCUGAAGCUCAAGAAGCUUGCCGGGUCCAGGUACAACCCGGAGAAGGACAUCAUCAAGAUGAGCUGCGAGCGAUUCGAGCACCAGGCCCAGAACAAGCGAUACUUAGGGGACCUCGUGAACAAGAUGAUCGAGGCCGCAAAGGACCCCACCGACAUGUUUGAGGACAUUCCCCUUGAUACUCGCCACCACAAAUUCAAGCCCCAGAUCAAGUUUCCCAAGAAAUGGUAUCUGACAGAGGAGCGGAGAAAGGAGCUCGAGGAACAGCGGAAACAGGCGCUGCUGCUGGACGAACAGAAGAGGACGGAGGGGACCUUGAUCGAUGGCGUGCAGGCCAUCCAACAGGCCAUGCUUCACGCCAAGCCCGUCGAGGUGGUUCCGGUGUUGAGGAGAGGGCAGCGUGGCCGAAGGUAGGCCUCGGCAAUCAUGCCCGUUGAAACAGGGCGACCUGUCGCCUUCGGCCAGACUAGACGGAAACAUAUGCCUGCCAUGAUCCGGAGGACGGUGGGCUCAUCGGCCACACCUUCCAGCCAUUGUCCUGCCGGAACGGAUUCUCGUCGAGGCGUGGAAUUGGCUGUUGUAUUAUGAGAUUCAAUGUACAUCAACUCAUAGAGGAUUGGGAGAGCUGGGAUCUCGUUGCGUCGCAAUGUAUACUCGUGCUUCGGCUCGUAGACCUCUCGGCAUUGACUGGACAACAGCCUAUCGCAUGUCUCUCAUAAGGGGCUAUCUGUGGUUGCAACUCUGAACUGAGCCUAUGGAGAGAACCCGUUUCGAAGUCAAAGGGGCCACAACAUCGGCCUUUCUUUCGAACGAUAAUUCUUUGCCGCCUGUUGAAGCUGUCGCGAGCCAAGGGCCCUCGGACUUCUGAGCAA